GCUUCCAGCAGCCUUACAUAGAGAUGCUGAAGACUGAACCUGAGACCUUUGACAUGCAAGGCAUAGGAAGACGUUUAUACUGAGUUGGGAUGCAGCUCAGGGGUAGGGCUCCUGCUUUGCAUGCAUAAGGUCCCGGGUUCAAUCCCACACACCCCACCCUGGCAUCUCCAGGUAGGGCUAGGAGAUACUGCUUGCCAGAGGGAGCAAUACCGAGCCAGGUGGGCACAGGGACACAGAAGGUUGCUUUAGAUUAUCAUUAGAAGAUCCACACUAUACAGUUACAGCUUAGCCAAUGAAUGUGUUUAAAGCGCAGGAUUUUGCCCAAGGAAUCCUGGGAGCUGUGGUUUCCCACUCAAAGGACUACCACUCCCAGCACCCUUAACAAACUACAUUCCCCAGGAUUCUUUGGGGGAAGUCAUCUGCUUUACAUGUAUAGCAUGGAUUUGCUUCUACAGACAACCGGUCCACAAAGUGCUGGUUAUAUAGCUCAUGACAGUUUCUCUCUGUCUCGCCACUCUCAAAGGUAUGCUUUGUGGGGACGCAGGAGAGGGCCUUCUCAGUGGCUGCUCCCAGACUUUGGAACUCCCACCCUAGAGAAGCCAGACUGGCUCCUUCCUUGUUGCCCUUCUGCCUGCAGGUAAAGACACUUUUCUUCCAACAGGUCUUUGGGAAUUAGCUGUUCUUUCAGGAAAGGGCUGGUUUUAUUAUCUGUAUUUUCAGCUUAUUUGUUUUUUAUUUAUUUUUUAGUACUAUCAGAGUUUAAUGACUUUUUAACAGCUAUAUUUUAUAUAUGUUUAGCUUUUUUUGUAUUUUGUCUCUGUUGUUUGAAUUUGUGUAAGCCGCCUUGAGUUGCAGCCUGGAGAAAGAAUGGGAUAUAAAUAAACUAAUAAUAAUAAUAGAUCCUAACAGAAGCACAGAAAAAGUGGGCAGCUUUGCAGCAUUCAAGGUCAAGAUCCAGGCCGUGGAAUAACCACUGGUCAUCCCCUGCCCACCCCCACCGCCCCAAUUAGCUCCAAUUAGAGGUCCCGAUGUCUCUUCGAUUGCCUGCAACCAUAAAUGGCUGCGCCUUUGGUCUCUUCCACCUGCAGCGUGUCAGCAGGAUCUUAAUCCCAUUACUAUCUGUCCCACCCUUGAAAUGCAGUGAAGCUCUUUCCUCUGUGUCACUUGCCACCAGGAAGGUCAGAAGGUCUUGGGACUGAUUAACAGGAAAAUCUGUAAUUGGCGUUCUUUUCUUUUCAUUUCAUCCCCCCUGCCCCUCUAAUUAGGGUUUUAACAAUAUUUGCUCAGACAGGUGUAGACUUUGUGACUUAAUGGAACCCUAGCAGGGGAGAUGGGAGCCCAGGAGGUAAACAGAGCCUCCUUGAAGUUUGCAGAGAACACUCAUUGUGGUCCUGGCUGAGGGUUAGGAGUACACCAAAAAAUAAUAGGGAAGGCACAGGGUGUGCAUAGACGCAAGGCUAUAACCAGAAGCAGUGUGGUGUAGUGGUUAGAGGGCUGGAUUUAGACCUGGGAGAGACUCGGGUUCAAAUCCCCACAAGACAUAUAGCUCAGUCACUCCCUCUCAGCCCCAACCUACCUCACGGGGUUGUUGUGAGGAUAAAAUGAAGAGCAGAAGAACCACGUAGGAUUAUAAUUUUAGCAGCAGUAGUAGUUCUUCUUAUUAAUAUCCAACCUUUCCUUUAGGGAGCUCAAGGUGGUAUACAUGGUCCUCUGCCCCAUUUGCUCAAACAUUUAAUCCUCGCAGCUCUGUGAGCAGGGGCUGGCUCCGGAUGUGUUGUCACUGAGGCAAAACAGAGCAUGCCACAAUGGCAACAGCUGCCAACAAUAGCAACCAGUGUGGUUGCUAUUGAGAGCCAGUGUGGUGUAGUGGUUAAGAGCGGUAGACUCGUAAUCUGGAGAACCGGGUUCACUUCCCCGCUCCUCCACAUGCAGCUGCUGGGUGACCUUGGGCUAGUCACACUUCUCUGAAGUCUCUCAGCCCCACUCACCUCACAGAGUGUUUGUUGUGAGGAGGAAGGGAAAGGAGAACAUUAGCCGCUUUGAGGCUCCUUCAGGUAGUGAUAAGGGCGGGAUAUCAAAUCCAAACUCUUCUUCUUCAACAACAAGAAAACAGGGCACGGCAUAAGGAGGAGUUGCUGUUGGGGCUUAAGACUGUACUGCAAAACUGUUGUUCUGAUAUUGCAAACGUGUUGUUGGAAACAAGUGUCUUUGUACUUAUCAUAUUUCCCCCAGAACGGGUAAAUCUGGAUUAAAAGGGAACAGGGCAGCUGGCAUAUUGAUGCCAAUGACAUCAUGUGGGCGCUGCAAAAAAUAUUGCACGUGUGCCCAAUCCCACAAUAAACACCCACCUAAACGUUUCAGCCAGUGGGAUGAAAUUUCCUUACUUUCUUUUCAAUGUUGGCAGUACAUCGCUUCUUGAGACCCGCCAGGAGCUCAGGCUCCUGGAGAAUGUGCAUUUGGAAGGACUGGACUGUCUUGUUAUUAAUCCACCUGUGCCCGCUUGCGUGACCAGAUCAGAAGGAAUGCUUAGCAUACCUCUUGGGUGCCUUUGCCCACCCACUCUACACCACCACCGCUGCUGGGAAUGCGGACCUGCCUUUCCCUUGGACAGGCUCCAGUGGUUAUCCAUGACACAACAUAGCAGGGGGGCUAUUUUAAAAAAGACAAAGGAAAAACUAGCCUGGCUGGAUGUUUGUUUUGUAAAGUUUCAGAUCAUUUGCUAGAAAAGCAAGAACAAGGUAGUGUGUGUGUGUGUGUUUACAUAGAAUUCUAAGAAUUGGGUGGGACCUCAAGGGCCAUCUAGUCCAACCCCUGCAAUGCAGGAAUCACACCUUAAAAAUCUGUGGCAGAUGGUAGCACAACCUCUAUUUAAACUCCUUCAAUGAGUCCACCACCAUCUGAGGUAGCCCAUUCAUUCCACUGGUGAACAGCUCUUACUGUCAGAAAGGUCUUCCUAAUGUUUUAUUGGAAUCUCCUUUCUUGUCAUUUGAAUCCAUUGAUCCAAAGUCCUAUGCUCUGGAGAAGCAGAAAACAAUCUUGCUCCAUCUUCCAUGCGGCAGCCCUUCAGAUAUUUGAAGAUGGCUGUAAUGGUUCCUAAGUGGGUUGCUUGUGCGUAAGCAGGUGCCUAUCUUCCUGGCUGGGUGCAAACACCUGGGUGGGUUGCCAAAGUGAACCUCCUCUGUCCGGACAGCCACUCGCCCGUGGCUGACUCAAUCACUGGCAGAAUCCGUGAGUGGGCGUUUCUUAAACUUCUUCCAGCAAAGAAGUUCUUUGACGCCUAGUCUCCACCUGCCCUCUCUGCGUGGAAGCCUUCUGCACAGGGAGGGCGUGGGCAACGGAGGACCCCUACUCUCCCCGCUGGUCCCAGGCAAGGAGUCAUGGGACCGCCUCACCACUUCUCCCAGCUGCCCCCCUUCUCCACUGGUGCUACGCUGAUUCUCUUCCCCAGAAGAUGGGCUGCUUCUCCCGAUCCCUGGACGCCCUCUGGAAUCCCCCUGGCUUUCGCGCUCUCCCUCCAGUACUGAUGGCAUUUCCCUGACAAUGGCUAUCAUACCCGCUCUCAGUCCCCUCUUCUCCAGGCUAAACACACCCAACUCCCUCAACCAUUUCUCAUAAUUCUUGUUUUCCAGACACUUGAUCAUCUUGGUCAACCUCCUCUGAACACCCGCUAGUUUGUCCACAUCCUUCUUUUUAAGGUGAGCGUUCCUGAAUUCUAGCCCCUUGGGCCUAUCCUGGACUCCACCCAUAGAUCCUGCCCAGGUACCAUGAUGUUUGAAUUCAAGAGUCGGCCCCUCGAUUUUGGGGAGAGGAAGGAAAAUGGCAAACCUCUUGGGCUUCCGUGAGGAGUGGCUCCCUUUUUAGAUCAGGAGUGAAAACUUCUCUUCAGUCCGUCUGGGAAAAGGGCAGGGUAUAAAUAAAUAUUAUAGCAAUGUAAUAGCAUAGUAACACCACAAGCAACCCCCCCCCCAAAUAGAGGUGUUAAUUUUUACAGGUGGGGGAAUAGUCCAGAAUACUCAUUGGGGGGAAAACAACGUUAUUGACGUGUAGCAAUGUGCAAACUUACAAAACCAGAUUGAGUGAAAACCAAAGUGUUAACUGGCCCGAAUAUAUUUAAUCACACAUCUAUUUAGUGCGAACAUAAGAAGCGCCUGGCUGCUGGAUCAAGCCAAAGACCCACAUCCUAGAUGCUCCAGUGUUCAGCUAUAUGCCUCCAAGGGAAGCUCACAAGCAGGAUCUGAGCACAAGAGCAGCAUUUGAGAUUCCCAGUAACUGCUAACCAGAGGCAUACUGCCUUCGACAGGGGAGGUCAUGCAUAGCCAAGGCUCUCAAAUUCCAUCCGUACUGCUGUUGUCUCAAGCAGAGAUCAUCCUAGCAACAAGAAGUUAUUUUAAUAUAUAGUAGCAGGAAACCAUCUAGAGAGGCGUUAGGGCUUUUGGAUGCCAAGGGAGUUGAAGAAGUCAUAAAGGAGGAUAAAGAGAUCAUGGAGAAACUGAAUGAAUUUUUGUAUCUGUCUUCAUGAUGGAAGAUAUAGGGGAAAUACCUGUGUCUUUGCAGGAUGUGAGCCUGGGAAACAAAGGUGGAUAGUGGUGGAGAGAGGUGAAGUUCUAGGCGUAACAGGCGAAAUAAAAGCUGACCAAUUGCUGAGUCGGGAUGGCACCCACCUGACAGACCUGCAAGAAUUCAGAUAUUAAAUUGACCAUCUUCUAGCAAAACUAUGUAACGUGUCCCUCGGAUCAGCCACCAUAUAUGAGAGCUGGAAAAUAGCCCAUGUAAUGUCAGUUUUCGAAAAGGGAUCCAGGGAGCAUCCUGUAGGCUCCACUCAUGUUCUUCUCCACUCAUGGCACCCUCCUGCCAACUGAAACCAAAGGGCAACGCGAGAGGUUGGCCCCCUUCCUUAAUUCCUCUUCUCUUUUAUGUCAUGCAAGUGGCACGCAGACCCAAGCAUAGCGUCCUGGCGCAAACUGGGUGAUGACAAGGAUAAGGGCUUUGUUCUUUUCUGGGCACCCAGCCAAGCGAAACUUUCUGCCCCAUUGCUUUGCUCCCUGGGGGCUCUGUAAUAACCAGGAACAUCUCCUGCUUCUGCUGCUGCCAACUACAUCCUGAUCCCUUCCUCCCCUUUCAUUUGCAUACAGUGCUCCGGAAUGUGCAUCUGUGGUUCCCUCCUCACAAACAAUUCUCAGCAACAGGUCACCCACCCUUAGUCUGGCUUUACCGGCUGAGAGAGCCCAAGGCAGAGUGACCUGAUCCAGGUUGCCCAAGGACUGGGGUUUGACGUAACGUUAAACCAGGAGUCAACAAUUUUUUUCAGCAGGGGGCCAGUCCAAUGUCCCUCAAACCUUGCGGGGGGCCGGACUAUAUUUUGAAAAAAUAAUAAUGGUGAUGCAAGAGCACCAGGCAGGCUUAACUGUGUCUUGUGAAUGGCAGGGGCUGGCGGUGGCAGGAUGGUGAGAGGUGUGUGAAAGGGCUUGCUCUGGAGAGGGGUUGCUUUAAAUGGCGGCCACUCGAGAGGGGCGCUCAGCCAACUGCAGCUCAACAAAGCCCAGCCCCCUUCUUCCUCUAGGCAGGGCAGGGAGAAGCCAGGAGGAGGGAGGGAGGAGGCGCCGCCAGCGCUGCUGUGUGACGGAGAGGAAAAGAACAUGUGUGCUGGUGAUCCACGUACUGGCAAUCCACGCGGCGAUUCCUGGACCGUCCGUGGGCCGGAUCCAGAAGGCAAUUGGGCCUGAUCCGGCCCACGGACUUAAUUUGCCGACCCAUACGCUAAACUGUGGUCAAGCAUUCUGUGCAGCUGCCUUUCACGCCUGUGCAUUCACUUUUAUUUUCUUUUUUUAUUAAAAAAAUAAUUGAUACACAGCCGUUCACAAUAUAUAUAUCAGACCAAUUUAUAACAUAUAUGCAUAAAGCUAUACGACGAACCCCAUUUCAAAAAGUUAAAAUCAGAAAUCAGCUAUCAAUGUCAGCGUGUUCCAAAGUGUAGGUGUUGCCAUGCUAAAAUAUCAAUUUCGUACAAUGCCAGUUCCACAAAUCGCAGCCAUUGCUUCCAGCUCUGCAGUUCUAUGAUUCUAUGAGGCUCGUAAAGCAUCAAUAUUGCACUCCAGGCUCAAGUGCCUUGCUUCAGGGAAAAGUUGAAAUUGUUUCCCUGCUAUGCAGUCAAGCAAUGCUCUCCAGAGAACAUCCGGCUGCGCUCAGCUGCUGCUAACUUGGUGCAUACCGUCCAGGAGAGUGACACCCUUGCUCUCAGGGAGAACAGUUUCCUUUGCAAAGAGGUCCCCCGGGGUGACAGAAUUGUGUUAGAAUAAGGCACGCAGAGCCUGGUAAGAAACAUUUUUGCCUGGCGGGGCUGGAAGGGAAGAAGGGAACAUGAUCUUUGUAUUGAGUUAGCCGUUGAGUAAUCUCACAAUAAGGAGGAAGCAGGAGCCACGGAACAUCGCUCGUUCUCACUCUCGCCUGCCAGGUGUCCCGUCACAUGGAGCUUUGGGUCUGGGAAGGCUGUUCCUUUCUUGGGGACAGAAUAUUGUUAAUGUUGGGAGUGGGUGAAGAAGAUUGCAGCCUCCAUCCUUGCCCAGGGAGAAUUGUACUCAGAACUGUACUUUCUAGGCACGGAACUAGCGGAAGUGUGGGGAAAGUCCUUAGCUUCUGUACAACCAGUGUGUAUGUGUGUUAUCUCAUCCUUUGCGGCAGGCCACAAAAUACCGUGGCCUGGCCCUGCUUGUCUCCAGCGCGUGCAUACGCACGUGCAAAUCCGCGUGCAAUUAAACGAGAGCCUUGCGUAGUGUGCAGGCGCACUUCCUUUCCACAUUCUGCCAUCGAAGAGGUUCCUUCUGAUCUGCAGUUAUUAGAGGGCAAUUAUAUUAUAUAUUAUAUUACAGGGCAAUUAGGGUUGUUGUUUUUCCUUCCUCUUGAGGGUAUCUUUAAGCAAGAGGGGGAAAGCUCUGCUUAGACAUCCGUGCACGUGGAACAGGCAGCGAUCUUCUGUGUGUGGGCAGGAGAGAAAGAGAGAGAGAGAUGUCUGCAACGAUGUGAGAUAAUUCCUGUCCAUCACGGAAAAGGUUCAAAAAAGGGCAAGGUGUCAUAACUGGAACAGACUGGGAGUUGGAGUCCAACACCGCCGCUGCCUGGAGGGUGAUGGGAGUCCAAAACAGCCAUGGCAUCUGAGUCUGAUGGGAGCGAACAGGUUUGGCAAAGCAUGCCCUAAUCUCAGCCCAGAGGUGCCUAGAAAAGAACACAGUUGUCUAACCAUGGGAGGCACAAGAGACAGCACUGGUUGCUAAGUGGUAAAGGCAAGGAACUCUGCACUAGAACAGGGACACUCUUCCCUUACUUCUUUUAGGGUUGUGAAGCCUUGUGCAUUGUGCGGCACCAGCUCCGAACUUCUUUUCUCCAUUCCCUUCCCCCACUCCCUGCUUUGAAUAGGGUGAAGUUGACAUUUGACCCACCAACAGUUUUUGGAUCUAUGGGAAGAACUAAUUAGAAUCCACAAGAUGGUUUCAGCUCCAACUAAGCUAAGCGCAUACGCUCCAACAUUUCUCCAAUGAAAAUAGGGACGUCCUGUUCAACAACUUUCUUUCUUUCUUUCUUUCUUUCUUUCUUUCUUUCUUUCUUAUACCCUACCCAUCUGAGUGGGUUGCACCGGCCACUCUGGGUGGCUUCCAACAUUUAUAAAAACAUAAUAAAAGAUUAAACAUUUUUUUAAAACUUCCUUAUGCAGAUUCUAAAGGUUGUAAAGUUACUGAUUUCCUUGGCUCGGGGGGUUGCAUAACUCCAUACCCUCCAACAUUUCUCCCAUGAAAAUAGGGACGUCCUAAGGAAAAGCGGGACAUUCUGGGAUCAAAUCAGAAACCAGGGACUCAUCUACAUUGAUGGUUUUACUAUGUUUUGAGAUCGUUUGGGAAUGGUUGUGGCAUGUAAAGGACAAACAACAUCCUGCUUUAACUCUAGUAAUGCACUAUAACCAGGACGGCUUCUGUGAAUUCCAGGACUGUCCCUGGAAAAUGGGGACACUUGGAGGGUCUGUAAGCGCCACAGGGUCCCAUGAAAGUAUGAAGUGUCCAUCCUUUCCGCUUCUGGCUCACUUCCUGUGUUACAUAAUACAAAAAUGGUAUUGUUAUAAGUUUCAGGGGUGCUAGAGUCUGAGGCUGAUGUCGGCUCCCUUAACAAAAUACAGUUCCCAGAUUCCUUGGAGGUUAAGCGUGUGUCGGAUGUGCUUCUAUGUAUGGUGUGAAUCUGCCCUAUGUCAGAGCCUUUUGGUGAUAGAUUCAUGCUGCAGCGGGCUAGCUCAUUGCAGGGGGUUGGACUGGAUGACCCUUGGGAUCCCUUCCAACUCUACAAUUCUAAAAGGCACAUGGAGAUCUUUUCAUAUAAAAUAAUAAUAAUGAAUUUUGGUGGGCUGUUAAUCCUAUCGCCACAGAUGUGAAUGGGGGGGGGAAGCUUUUGAAAACGACAACAGCAUUUCCAGUGAGCAUCCAAAAUAUAACGGGAGUCUUCUGCUGUCAGGCCUUUAGUGUCACCAUCUUCUGGGUACUUUUCCUUUCCCUGGUGGAAAUUUCCUCACUUCCAGUCGCUCCCCCCACCCCCCUUAACCUUACUCCAGCCAUUCAGUUUCACAUGCUGUUCCACAUCCCCUCCGCCAUCACCCGCCAGGAGCAUAUCACACUCAUUUUGUCGCUGGGGACAGCUGCCAGCAAAUUUGCAGCUUCACACUGUGUCUGUGGAGACCAUCUGUGGCCGAGGAUGUGACUUAUAAUCGCAAGAGAUUUAAAUGUCAUUUAAUCCAGCCUCCCUUAUGUAUACCCUGCAGGUACAAUAAUCCAUCUGCUUCCUGCAUCCCCUAUGAUCUUAGGGUUGCAUUUUUAUCUCACCUUUUUAUCCUCAGGGUCCGCAAGGCGGUGCACAUCAGUGGCUGCGGUCAGUGGACAAGGGGGACUAGGCUACUCCCCUAAAUGUUCCCCCGGCGCCUCCUCCCCAAAGCUCAGGAAGCUUCUGCCCAGCUUGGGGAGGGAGGGGUGAUGUUACUGUCAUCAUCACCCCGCAAUUGCCCUCACAAGCUGGCGCCUCUGGUCCUGUUCCCCUACGAAAAAUGUCACCACACGCCACUGGCGCACAUGUUUUCUCCCCUUUGUCACUGAAUCCCCACAACAAUCCUGGGAGGUAGGCUAAGCUGAGAGGAAGGGAUUGGCCCAAGGUGGGCUUCAUGGCUGAGUGGGGAUUUGAACGCUGGUCUCCCAUGUCCUAGUCUGUCAUGCUAACCGCUACUCCACCCUGGCUCUCUAUGAAAUGUAGGCCACAAGCAGAGAGCGGGUUUCUGCAAAACAAGCCACUCUUAAAUCCUCGUGCAACAACUCACACUGCAGAAACCCACCAAAGCUUCCUAGCGUGUGACCUGGAGAAAAAGUACUCCCUGGUGCCAAAUGCAGCAAUCAGCUCCUCUGAGAGUUUUCAACAUAAGCUGUGCAAAAGAUCAGCUGAAAACCAACUAAGAGUGCCAUUAUACAGAUCUACAGUGCGGCUUCUUCUUCUUCUUCUUUGGCGAUCACUCAUAGCCAAGUAAGAUUGUCUUCCAUAAACACGGUUUUAACAAUGAGUCCGUAAGUGACUGUGGAGGCCAAUUCUGGAUCCACACGUCCUUCCACAGUGGGGACAUUGGUUCCCAGGUGGGAGUUAAUCAUGGUGUGGAUUUGCCAAACAUGCCUUCCUCUUAGCACGUUUCUCCCUUUCAUCCUGAGUUUGAGUGUCUUCAAAGCCCAUGACACCUUUGGUAAAGACUGUUCUCCAAUUGGAGCGCUCGCAGGCAAGUGUUUCCCAAUUGUUGGUGUUUAUACUACAUUUUUAAAAGAUUUGCCUUGAGACAGUCUUUAAACCUCUUUUGUUGAGCACCAGCAUUAUGCUUUCCAUUUUUAAGUUCGGAAUAGAGUAGUUGCUUUGGAAGACGAUAAUCGGGCAUCCUCACAACAUGACCAGUCCAACGAAGUUGAUGUUGAAGAAUCAUUGCUUCAACACUGGUGAUCUUUGCUUCUUCCAGUACACUGGUAUUAGUUCACAUGUCUUCCCAAGUGAUGUGUAAAAUUUUUCAGAGUCACCGUUGAUGGAAUCUUUCGAGGAGUUGGAGGUGGCGUUUAUAAAUGGUCCAUGUUUCACAAGCAUACAGUAAGGUUGGUAGUACAAUAGCUUUGUAAACAAGCAUUUUGGUUUCCCUGCGAAUUUGGAAUGCUGAUGUGUACAUUUCUGGUCUCCUCACCUCAAACAGGAUAUUCUAGAGUUGAAAAAGGUUCAGAAAAGGGCAACCAAGGUAAUAGAAGAGAGUGAUUCCCCUAUGAGGAAUGGUUAAAGCCUUUGGGACUUUUAUUUAAAACUACGGCAUUUCCUCCCACAUGACAGAAGGCAGUGACAGCCACCAACUUGGAUGGCUUUGAAAGAGGAUUAGGCAAUUCAUGGAGGAGGAGAAGGCUGUUGAUGGAAGGGGGAUUCUGUCAGGGGCAACUUCUCUUGCCUCUGCAGCAAGAGGGAUGAAAAUGUCAUGGGGAUGAAAUGUGAGAAUGAAAUGCAAUAAAUAAAUGUGCAGCCAACAAGGCCGUCGACGUGUGUGCAAACAGGGCUUGAAUGUCUUGUGGUCCUGAUCACUCUGUCCACUGGUAUAUAACAGUCCUGCUCAUGAGAUGAUCAGGUGCCAAGAAGGGACACACUAUGGAUUGUGUAGGAGGAAGAAUUCUAGCCAGUGCAACUUUUCUCUCUCCCACAGCACUGCAAUGUGACAAGCUGACCUUUAAAGCCCUAAAUGGCCUCGGUCCUGUAUACCUGAAGGAGCGUCUCUACCCUCAUCAUCCAGUCCGGACACUGAGGUCCAGCGCCGAGGGCUUUCUGGCGGUUCCCUCGCUGCGAGAAGUGAGGUUACAGGGAACCAGACAGAGGGCCUUCUUGGUAGUGGCGCCUGCCCUCUGGAAUGCCCUCCCUUCAGAUCUGAAGGAAAUAAGCAGCUAUCUUAUUUUUAAAAGACAUCUGAAGGCAGCCCUGUUUAGGGAAGUUUUUAAUAUCUAAUGCUGUAUUGUUUUUAACACUCGAUUGGGAGCCGCCCAGAGUGGCUGGGGAAACUCAGCCAGAUGGGUGGGGUAUAAAUAAAUUAUUAUUAUUAUUAUUAUUAUUAUUAUUAGCUAUCUAUCUUUUAGAGUUGCAGGGGUGGCGGGGAUUAUAGGUUAUUCAUAUCGUGCUUUUUCCCCAAGCAGGGAUUCGUGGCAGUUUCGAACAUUUGAAAACAACAUUACGAAAGAAAGAAAGAAAGAAAAGAAAGAAAGAAAGAAAGAAAGAAAGAACCCUAGUUAAAAAUAAUAGUUAAAAUACUGUACAUCAAAAGACUUUUUGAACCAGCAAUUAAAAUGCAGCCUGCCAUGUCAGCAGCCAGCCCAGUGAUCAGCGUUAGUUUCCAAAGGCCUGUUUGAUUUUAACAGCUUGCUGCUUUUCCCCUUGCACUGGUGCAGAGGCAAGAGAAGCUGGCCCGGUAAAAAACCUGUUCCAAAGCAGCUCUUUAAAAAGUACACCUGGGGCUUCUGGGAGUUGUAGUCCAUCAACAUCUGGAGGGCACCAGCAACAUCUGACAAAAGGUGGUCCAGCCUCCAGUUCAAUGAGCUCCAGCUCCACUGUGACCUUCUGCUACCCCAGUAAUGGAUUGUGCGAACUGGGUCCUCUGCCAAGCGUGUCUGGGAAAGCUCUCCAGAUCUUUGUGGACUCCGGAGGAGCCAUUGCCCCAGAGCAGGCAGCGUUUUUUGAACCCAGGCCCACUCAGAUCCACAAAUAGCAGCACCACCCUCCCUUGGACGUCUGUUCUCUCUUAGCAGCUUUGUGUGCGUGCUUUGGAAAGUUCACAGAGCGUCCUUGCUUCCUGCCUCUGCCAACUGCUUGAGAAUAAUAGUGCUGAAAAUGUGUUUCAAAGGGAAUUUCAAUUUGCAGUGCAGUGCUUGAUUACUUAGGCAGCUUCCAGGCAGGGACUCUAUGGAUUGAUGUGGGGGGUUUUUGCGGGGAAGGGGCAGUCUGGAUGAUGCCCUGAGCUCCUUCCAGUACCCAGGGAGGGUUAGACUCUAACAGAGAAGAUUGCUGAACAAGUCAGACAAGGAAUAGGUAAGAGGACAACCUUAGCUGGUCACUUAAGUGUCCUCAUCAGCAUCCCAAAAGAAUGAGUGAGAUUGUACCCAGUAAAAUUGCAAAAAUGUAGAGGACCAGCUCAAAUGUUUGCUGGAAAUGUAAAAGGAAAGAGGGUACCUUUUAUCAUAUGUGGUGAACAUGUGGGGAGGUAAAAGCUUUCUGGGAAAUGAUAUAUAACUUUUGUUUAAAAUACAGAGGCUUUUUUGUUAGGUAUUACAGGCAUGGAACUACCAAAAAAUAAAAUAAAAGACUGUUUAUGUAUGCAACGACAGCGGCAAGGAUGCUCCUAGCCCAGAGAUGGAAAGAAGAAAAAGUAUCGACCAGAGAAGAGUGACAGACCAAGCGGAUGGAAUAUGCUGUAAUGGCAAGACUGACGGGAAAGAUCGGAAACCAGGAAGAUCGAGUAUUUCUAAAAGACUGGAAUCAUUUUUUAAGAUAUUUGAGAGACCACUGUAAACAGCUGAAAUCUUUGGCAGGGAUACAAGGACACUUGUAAAGUAACAUGAACUUUGGAAACCAGGAUUGUAUAAUGGAUAGAUUCCAUUAAAAGAUGCAGGAACAAAAUAUAGAAAUGGAACCCAUGGAGGGAAGGAAGGUCUGAAGGUUCGAAAGAACCGCUUUUUUAAUGUUUGGAAAUGUUAUGUUUGUUGUAUUUAACUUUUAUGAAUAUAUAUAUACACAGUGGUACCUCGGGUUACAUACGCUUCAGGUUACAGACGCUUCAAGUUACAGACUCCGCUAACCCAGAAAUAGUACCUCAGGUUAAGAACUUUGCUUCAGGAUGAGAACAGAAAUCGUGUGGCGGCAGUGGGAGGCCCCAUUAGCUAAAGUGGUGCUUCAGGUUAAGAACAGUUUCAGGUUAAGAACAGACCUCCAGAACGAAUUACCCGUAAGUUCUUAACCCGAGGUACCACUGUGUGUGUGUGUGUGUGUGUGUGUGUGUGUGUGUGUAUGAAGAAUGAGUGAGAUUGCAAGAGCUGCAACUAAGUGAUGAUUCCCUCCAGGCUAUUGGGUGGCCAUUUCCUCCCCCCCCCCAUCACCUAGCUGCUAGGGAGGAGAACAACAGCCAGUGCGGUGAAUGUGAGCCGAGCUGGAAAACAGGCUGGAAGCUGGAGACACAGAGACCUGUUUGCUCUGUGCUGGAUCCAAAGCUGCGACUGAAGGAGAAGCAAGAUCUGUUGGGGUGUUGACGCCGUGAGCCCCUCCGUCCUAUGCUCAGGUUGUAGAGAUGUGUAAAUAAAACCAUAUAUCCUAAAGACACCACAAUCUUGACUGACCUUCAUUCCAAGCAAGCAGAGCCCUGAGUAAGCACCAGAAACCUUUGGAGUGGAGUCUCUCACUGCUUGGAGAUUUUUGGGAACAAACCAAGAAAGUUCACCACAGUCCAUCACCGUCAUCAUAAAUAGUAAACUUUUUAUUACUCAUCCAAACAUUACGACAGAGUGAGAGGUUUCUUCUGCAAGAGUUUCAUUCCAGCAGAACAGUUCAAUAACAAAAUAGGUUUGAACGCAAACAAGAAUCCCCCCAAAACAAAUUUUGAAUAAAUGAAAACAAAAGGAAACCAUGACAAAAUGUUGUGCUGUAUCCUCACUGCCUAAAAUGACUCCACCUGUUCAGUCCUCUUCCAGGGCGCUGUAAGCCACCCUGCUUCUGGGUUGCUGCUAUUUUGGGAUGGGAUGAUGGCAAACUGGGCAGUUAUAGUUGAUUGGGAGGUCAUGAGCAGUAAACCUGCUUUCACAAAAAGAUGGGAAUUGUUUUUUGCAAAACGGAAGGUGACGGGAUAAGGAAAUGCACUGGGAAAGUCGUCUAACCUCUGCACAAACAAAUCAGAGUAAAUAGACCGCUCAGUAAAUAGCAAUCGUCAUCUAAUUUCCCUGCAGACAAAUCAGGUUGAAUGCUCAAUAAACAAAUCAUCUAAGCACCCCAGGCCUUCACCAACCUGCCCUGUUCUGGACUACAACUCUCAUCAGUCCCAGCCUUCACUGCCAUGCUGAUAUUCUCCAUUAAGCUGUACACUUAAUGGUACAGAUGUGCACACAGUGGUUUCGAAAUAAAAAUAAAUGAUGGGCACAGCAAUGAGGAAAGGAGGGCAAGAUGGAACAUCAGAACCUUGCUUACCGUAUCAGGCUAGCUACCCAGGAGAAUCUUGAUGUGCAGAAUGCAGCUAUGCUUGCUCUCUUAAAAAAUACUGGCUCAUUGGGCAAGGCCACAUCCUCAGCACAAGGAGGCCAGAAGUGGUUGGGUGGAGACGGGAGGUUUAUGUCAGAGGAGAAGGUGGAGCCCAGUGGAAGGCGCAGAGGGGGAACAACUGAUGGGAGGAGCCAUUUGGCGGAAUUUGAAACAGACCAGUCUUCCGGGCUGGUUAGGGAUUGAAUCUGGUUAGGUCAUUUGUCUUGGCAGAAUAUUGGCUGGUUGGCAACCCUAUAAUUGGCUGGCUGGCAACUCAGCACAACCAGAAUCCAAAUACUGUAACUACUUUGGAUAGGUACACUCAAUGGGACUUUGGACUCUCCUCCCAAUCCCAACCAGCUUUGAAGAGCAGAUCCCUGUGAUGUUUCACCAUCAUGCUUUAGAAAUGCCCAUCUGUUCCAAAGUCAUUUGCCCAAGCAGCAUGGCAUGUCUGUAGUUUGCAGGAUGGUGUGUCUGUAGUUUGAGAAGCAUCCUGUAAAGGCUAAGAACUUGCAGUGCGGCUGUUUGGAUCGUGACCAUAAGAGCUUCAUAUUCAACAUCUAUUAAUAAUAAUAAUAAUAAUAAUAAUAAUAAUAAUAGCAAAUUUGGUGGUCAGGACUACUCUUAUGUCUUCUUCCUAAAGCCAGUGGUUUAAACAAACUUAUACAAUAAACAAGGACAUAAUGGUAAACAUUUUAGUUUUCUUUCCGGGGAUAAAAAGAAGGAAAAAAAUCCCCAUGCACGCACACAGAGUACUGGAAAUUUGCCUCCUUGCUAUUUAGCUCUUCUCCAUCCCUCUUUUUAAAAGGGGAAUUAUAUAGCAUGCAACCGAGAGCAGGCGCCUUCUGGGUGGCUUUCAGCAUGCAUUGCAGAUAACAUUUAAAACAACAUGGCAAAGCCUCCAGCUACCUCUGAGCACUUAAGUCAAAGAGAAAAUGCUUUGGGUGGGUGGCAAGCGCCCACGGUCCAAUCCAGCAGUGUUCUUGCACUGAACUGGCAUGAGAUCCAUUUGAGCUCUAUUUCCUACCCUAAUCAGCCUAAUCAUUUCUCCAACCCCCGCAGAGCCUCCAAAAAGGUUUGCCUUCACACAAAUGCCGUAAUUGCUCUUUCGAACCCUGCCACUGCAGAGUGAUUAAUGUAAGCCGGCCUCUCCUGAGCAAAAGCCACAGCCUCUGACUCGCAAGACCCACCCUCUAACUCUGGAGAUACAGUGUCUGCUUUUGCUGCUGUUCAGCGAUGAAGCAAAUGGUGCUCUGCACAUGCUCCAAAGCACCUUCCUCGUCCUUUAUUUUCACCAUGCCGUUCCUGAUCCGCAGCACCAGACCCUGGUAACACCGUGCGGGAGGUGUGCAUCGCUCCUGCUUCCAAGACGCAAGAUCACAGAAUCACAAAGAGGCCCCAAGCGGUUAUCGAGUCCAAAGCAGGAACCACAUCUAAAGAACCCCUGGUAGAAGGGCCAUCCAACCUCUGUUUCGGCUACUCUCAGAGACUGUGGUAAACUAGAAGUACAUUUAUAGCUGUC